AUGGCGAACCCGCAUCAGCACUCCUGCUGCUCACACGAAGCUCACAACCAGGACGACCAGCACAUCAAACCCGGAGAAGGAAACCAAGAUUUUUUGUUUUCAAAGAUUGCUCUUGAUCAAGUGACAGGCUACAACGUCGAGCCCAAUCAUCCGGCGAAAUCGUGUAUAAAACCAUGGGACGAUCGACUGGACGAUGCUCAAUUUACCGAAUCCGAUAUGGACCAGCAAAUGAUCAUCCAGAUACCAUUCACUGGCUCGGUGAAACUGAGGACCGUAAUUAUCAGAACUGUACCUGGUCAAUUUCGUCCCACUCAUGCCCAUCUAUAUGCAAACGAACCUAACUUGGAUUUCGAUACUCUCGAAUCAAGAAAACCGAUUCAAGUUCUAGACAUCCCAGAGACAAACGAAGUGGUUGAAUUUCCAGUCAGAGUCGCCAAGUUUUCUUCGGUAACUUCACUGUCAAUCUUUUUCAAUUCCACUUCACCCGGAGCCGAUAAAAGUCAAGUAUAUUUCUUAGGCUUUAAAGGCGAAUUCACGAAUCUAUCGCGUAAACCGGUCAUCGCAAUUUACGAAGCCCAAGCCAAUCCAACCGACCACGAGAAAAUCAAUGGCUUGAACGAUUCAGUUCACCACGCCAUUUAA